UUCACAAAAAGGGUGACUUCUUUACUUUAUUAGCACAUUAUUCAAAGAACUCCCUCACACAUUCAAUGACUUCUCUUUCUUGACGUUAUUAUUAUGUUUCAACUGAAAACAUAAACUAUUACCCAUAUAUUCAUUGCGACAUUGACAAAACUGUUGAUCCAUAUCCUUUUCCCUUUUUUAGGAUAACCCCAAACCUCUUUCUUCCUAGCUGUCUUCAAAUUUUCUACCUUGAUUCUUUGUCUUCAAUUUUAUAAAAGAGGUUUGAUGGGGAGGCUAUUUGUAUUGACUCUUGAAGGCAAGAUCUAUAGCUGCAAGCACUGUGGAACUCAUCUUGCCCUUUCUGAAAACAUUGUUUCUAAGUCUUUCCACUGCCGACAUGGGAAGGCUUAUCUCUUCAGUAAGGUAGUGAAUGUCACUUCUGGCGAGAUAGAAAAUAGAAUGAUGAUGACUGGUAUGCACACUGUGGCCGACAUUUUCUGCGUCUGUUGUGGAUCAAUUGUUGGAUGGAAAUAUGAGACUGCCCAUGAAAAGAGCCAAAAAUACAAAGAAGGAAAAUCAGUGCUUGAGCGGUUUCAGAUUUCUGGUCCUGAUGGAAGUAAUUACUGGGCCAGUCAUGAAACUCAUGUUGCAGGAAGUGAUGCUGAUGAUGUUUGAUCACCAUCUAGAUCAAAAAUUCUAUCCCCAAAUGUACAUUCUUACCCACCACUCGGUUAAUUGUUUAUGGACCAUUGGAUUCUUGAACCUGACCUCUAUCAUGUAUAAUAAUAUGGAAGCAACCCAUAUAUUGUUGCAAAUUAACAUGACCAUCUGCCUGUAUUUGUUUGCAAUGACAAGAUGUUACUACUAGCGAUGACUUUUGCUUUUCAA